AUGGCUACUCAAGACCAUGUCCAAAUUACCAUCCCUAAUAAACAGGACAACCAAAACCAAGUCCCUGAAGAGGAUUUUGACCACUCCCAGAUGACACAAUGGCUUCGAGCCGCUGUGUUAGGAGCCAGUGAUGGAUUGGUUUCAACUGCAUCUUUGAUGAUGGGUGUUGGAGCUGUCCAAAAAGACGUAAACACCAUGAUCCUUGUCGGCUUUGCAUGGUUGUCUGUUGGUGCCUGUAGCAUGGCCAUAGGGGAGUUUGUAUCUGCACACUCUCAUCAUGUACAGCAAGAAGAAAACGAACACAGGAACGAAGGACUGACAAAUCCUUUUCUAGCAGGCCUAGCCUCAGCUGUUGCAUUUUCAAUAGGGGGCAUAAUGCCAAUUCUUGCUGCGGGAUUCAUAUCUAACCAUAAGCUUAGGCUGGCUGUGAUUGUGGCUGCAGUGAUCUUGGGCAUCGUUAGCAUUUGGUUGAAUUGGUGCUUUUUUGUAAAGAAGUCAUACGGUGAAAUCUUGUGCCAGAGUUUUAAUUGGUGUCUGAAUGGCUAUGGCCAUUUCCUUUUGACUGUCCAAACAGACGGCCUCUACUGGCGUGGGGAUGUGUUAGGAAAUUUUUAUUCUUGUCCCUUUACCUAGUGCUUAAAAUCAUGUUACUUCGCACACAGUUGAAUGAAUUUCAUGGAUAAUAAUACUAUUAGCAAAAAAACUGAGCAAUCAUAGAAUUUCAUUGAUGAGUUUUCAGAAUCGAUGUGUUUUCGUAUUACAACAAUUUGAUCCACGUUACUUGUAUUGUAUAUAUGUGGUGCUAGCUAGACGAAUUAAGGUAUGCAAGAUGCUUAUCUUUUAAUGAAAUGACAGAGGACCGCUAAAUGGCUUGAAUUGUGUCUUUUGCUUCAAAUAAAUUAAAUCUCGUUUCUUAGGUUCAUUCAACUACCAUAAAGGUCGAAGGUAUUAAAUCAGUCUUUACAUUUCACUAAUUAACCCUCCUAUAUUCCACAGCAUCAAAUCUUUCCCCCCAUUAUGCCUUUACAUCUUCAUGUAAAAUACAUAUAUAUCCAUAAUGCAAUUUUCAGAACUUCGAAUCUUAGCAAGGUUUCCAAAAAGUGUUGAUUCUGAAUCCACAUAAUUUCACAAGGUCCCAAGCCAACAAAAUUCACUUUCAAAGGAGUAAUUAGGACUAGGACUUAGUUUCUGCAUCCAGAAAUGGCUCGUAACUGAACAAGCCUGGGACUUCAGCUAUCACGAAUAAUACCUACACGUUGGUAUAAGACAAAACUGCACCAAUAUGCUUUCCCAAAGAUGAUUCCUAUUGAAGAAAUAACCAUUCCUUUUUUUAAUACACCAAAAAAAAAAAAAAAACAGAAACUAAAAAACCGAC